AUGCUCGCCCCCAAGUCGCCCUGCAAGACGGCGCCGACCGAGAACCCCUCCGACUUCGACCUCGUCAACGUCCGCCAUGCCGUCUUCCAGGCCGAGCAGGGCCUGAGAGAGCAGGGCGUGCCCAUCGGUGCGGCACUCGUGCGCAAGGACGGCGUCGUCAUUGGCGUGGGCCGCAACCGCCGCGUCCAGAAGAACAGCGCCAUCCUCCACGGCGAGACCGACUGCCUGAACAACAUUGGCCGCCUGCCGGCGUCCGUCUACAAGGACUGCACCAUGUACACGACCCUCUCGCCCUGUUCGAUGUGCUCUGGAACGAUGGUUCUCUUCGGCAUCAAGCGCUGCGUCAUCGGCGAGAACGAGACGUUCCUCGGAGGCGAGAGCAUUCUCCGGGAUCACGGCAUCGAGGUCGUCAACCUCAACCUGGACUCGUGCAAGAAGCUCAUGAGCGAGUUCAUCGAGCGCUAUCCCGAAGUGUGGAACGAGGACAUUGGCGAGGAGGACAAGUAG